AUGAACCCGGCAGAUCCAACGGCAGAUCCAACGUCAGAUCUAACGGCAGAGACAAGCGCUGCCAUUGCCGACAUAUGUUCAAUCGUCUCUUUCGGUCAAACUUUGUACAACCCCGUAAACAAUGUUACCUUACAUUGUGUUCAGCUGACUGACUCUCAGGUUCCUCAGUUAAAGCGAGAGCGUCUCGAGGAAGUCGAAUCAGUGUUACCCUUUUUGAUAUACGAUUUACCUGUAACCACUGAAUCCAAUAUUCAACCGAGUUUGGCUUUGAAAGAUGUUAUUCGUUGUCUACCGUUCCUACAUAAUGGAAUAAGAUUAUUGAGAUCAAUUCUUAUAGAGGCUCCAGUGACAUUUCAUCAGAUUGUAGAUAUGCUGGUUGAAAUCCAUGAUUUCUUACCUCCGAAUUGUCAGAAGAAAAUCGGAGAGUUGCUAUAUUCAAUGUGCAAUGUGGAUUCAAAUACAUUGGACAAUGCAGCUGUUAUAAGAUCAAAAAUAACGAAUCGUCAUAUUCUGCCUGCUCUGGCCUUACGAUUGACUUUGAACUACUGUAAUGAUGAGAUUACAUUUAUAUACGGAUUUCUAACAAUAAAUCCGGUCUGGAUAAAGAGACAAUGGGGCUCAUUGCAAUCCUUGGCCGACUCGAUACAAAGGAAAAUUUUUGAAAAGAUGCAGCUCGAGUUGGAGAAUUCCGAGCCAUGCCAAAGAGAGUUGGAACUUUGUACGGAAGUUAUGAAGCAUGCACAAUCAGAACGGCUCGUCAAAUUGAGUCUAUGCUUUGUAUUGAUGAGUGUGAAUCAACCGAAUCUGUGGUCUGGGGACGGCAUAAGACUGACUCUCAGAAAACUGACGAAAUCUGAGCAUUCACAGUUGUUCAUGUUGAUUGCCCUGUAUAUUAAUACCAGACAGUACAGAGAAAUAGAAGAGAUAGUAUCUGCCACACUAGGAACCGAAGUAUUAUUACAUUUUACUACAAAUCCAUGGAAACAGCUGGAAGCUAUUUUUGUGUCGGAUUUAUUUCCGGAUGAAGUUUUAGCUCAGGGAGCCUUACUUCUGGAUCCAUCCACAUUUUCAGGACUAGGGGUUUCAAAUGACCCCGAACACUUAUCCUUGAAAGUUUUCUUUCAACUACUGAAAGCCGGAACAUUUCAUAAAACCAAUAUUGAUAUUCAGGAUUGGAUUUACAGGCAGAUCAUUCAAGCGACUACACCGGUCCACCCUGAGAUGGGACCAAUGUUGCGAGAAUAUGCUUCAAGUAUAUUUAAAUGGAGCACAAAGGGAAAUAGCCCGAUAACUCCUAUACCCGAAUCAAAAAUCAAAGCAUUGUUUGAAACAACUCUCGUAGACAUAUCAGCUUCUCAUGUCUUGAUGUUGUUAUAUGUAUUGUACUACAAUGAGCAAGCCCGCAUGCAAGUUAAACACAACGUUGAAAAUUGGAGAGAGGCGUCAACGACGGCUUAUUCAGUGAAUCUUUUGGAAUCGAUACCAAUUCGAAGAAUCCUUACAUUUAGCGAGACCGCCGACAAAGGGAAAGCCUUUUAUGACAUCUAUCCUGAGCUUUUAGGUCUCGUAGCUGCCAAUUAUCCCGAAAUGUUUGACGUUGUCAGCUUACUGAUCGAAGAAGAGCGAAAUCCACAGUCUGACGUUGAUUUGCCCCGAACGAUUGAAAAGAUUCCUCCCUCUGACGUUAUUGCGACAGAGUUCGAAUCAAUCAUGAAAAUGUGGCUUAGAGCUCCGGAUAAUUCAUAUUCAGCAUUAAAAAGUAUGGCAACGUGGCCCCCAACGUGUUUAGCCAUCAAUGCAAAGACAAUAAUAUCCGCUUCGCUUCCGAGGCUUCUUGAUUCAAGGACGCAAGAGAGAUUCCUCGACGCAUUCAGACAGAUAUGGGAAUCAAUGAAUAGUGUUAUUCCUCACGAGUUGGCCGUACUGACUGUCAAUGCAUUAAUGCCGGACGGUCAAGAAGAACAACCGAACAAGAAAGUUGAGCCAUACAGUCAACAACAGCUAAUGAUGGAUCCACCACUACUAUUGAGAUGUGAUUCACGAGUUUUCCGAUGUCCUACGAUAUUCAGGAUAUUCAUUCGGCUUGUUGGGUUUUAUCUGGUAGGAUCUCGACACAGGUUCAGACGACUGUAUGAAUGCGAAAGAGCACACAUUGACCAAUCCCGGUUCUCGGAUAAAAACUUUAAUACUAUGCUUGAAGUACAAGACAGUUUAACGCUGCAGCUGUUACUUGAGAUUUGUGAAGAGAAACCUGCUGAUCAACAUAAAAAAGGGGUUCUGGCUGAAAUACAAUCAAUAACAUGCGAUUUUUUGCAUCAACUGUUUAUUGAAAACCCAAACUUGCAAAAAUUACUGCAUCAACAAAGCUAUUCAACAUCUCUGAUACCAGUAGUUGUUAAGAACAUAGAAUCCAUGCAUGUAUGUAUAGGGUAUCUCCCGGAGUUAAUACAUCAACAUGAUUAUGAAAAACGUGCAUUUGGUCUAAUACUGGCUUCAUACUUGUGCGAGGAAUGGCCUAUGCAGAAAACGUUGCAGAUAGCACGUGAGCAUGUCUUGCCAUCAGUUCUGGAAAUAGUGACAUCUCCAAAGCUACCUCCCAUCAAUUCGACGUUGUUUGAUAUUAUACAAGCAGCUAUUCGAGCAGCUGAAAAAUUCCCGGAGGAACUGGGAGAAUUGAAAUUGAGGAUGAAGGAAGAGAUGGAUGAGUUAAAACAGAGAAUACGAGAUUUGACUACAGAGGCACUCUUGAAAAAUACGAAAGCUAAUAAGGUCGUUGCUAUCGAAGGCGAACGAGAGUUUAUUAAUGGAUUCUUAAAGCAAGUGGAGAACGAGAACAAAGACAAAUACAAACUGCUGGAAGCAAGUCCUCGUAGUUUAUAUACAGCUGAAUAUUUCUUACCCAAAAACUUUACCGAAGUAGAGAUUCUUCCAUGGAAACAAGGCCAGCUUCCAAAGGAGAAAUCAUUCCACAAUGCACAAUGGCUUAGCUGGAUGAGUUGUAUCGUUCGUAGAAAUUUCGUAUACGAAUUUGGUCGAGUACGGACAUAUCUGUUUUGUCGCAGUGACUUUGCUCAAAGACUGAUGGCCCCAAAGGGUAACAUAAAACGUAACAAAUAUGCUGCCCUAGCCGAAUCUUUGGGAAGUGUAACAGAAAUAAUGAAGAUUCCAGCAGGAGGAUAUUUACCAAAGGCAAGUCGAUU